CGGCGGGAGAAGAAGAAGAGAAUACGAAAAGGCCAGAACCCUAGAGAAGUUUUAGCAGCCGCCGGAAGCUUUCGAAGCCGGAGGGGGGGAGAAUAAAUCCGCCGUCUGUUACCUCCGCCGCGUAAUCAUGCCGAAGUCCAAGCGCAACCGUGCAGUUACACUAUCGAAGACGAAGAAGAAGGGGAGGGAGCACAAAGAAGGGGUUGUGAAUGGAAUAAGGGAAGCAGUGGAGAAGUACCCUUCUAUCUACUUGUUUGGUUAUGAGAACAUGAGGAAUCUCAAGUUCAAGGAAUUCAGAGACCAGCUCAAGUCCAGCAGCAGGUUCUUCCUUGGGUCGAACAAAGUGAUGCAGGUUGCUCUUGGUCGAUCUGCUGGUGAUGAGUUGAGACCGGGGAUCCGUAAAGUAUCUAAGAAGUUUGUUUGUUGAGCAGUGUUCAUCUUUCUGUUCACAGCUUCUGCGUGGGGAUUCUGGUCUGAUGGCUACCAAUUUGCCCAAAGAAGAGGUUGAAAGGUUAUUCCGUGAAUAUGAAGAUUAUGACUUUGCAAGGACCGGCACUAAUGCCACUGAAAAGGUAGAACUGAACGAAGGGCCUCUGGAGCAAUUUACUCAUGAAAUGGAGCCUUUUCUGCGCAAACAAGGCCUUCCUGUCCGGUUAAACAAGGGUGUUGUGGAGCUUAUUUCAGACUUUGUUGUCUGUGAAGAAGGAAAGCCUUUGUCACCUGAAUCAGCCCGCAUACUGAGACUAUUGGGCAUCAAGAUGGCUACCUUCAAGCUUCACCUAAUCUGCAGAUGGAGCUCCGACGAUUUUGAGCUGUAUAAAGAGGGACUUGAUGACGCUUCUGACGUUGAAUCUGCAUGAUUUUUGUUUUCUUGUAGGGUGGCUGAAUGUUGUAACUUUGUCAAAUCUCAUGGGGCUGAACCAAGUGAUUGUGCAAUAGUAAUUGCAUCUAAUGCUUCUUGUUUUAAACUAAAAAGUAAUGCUUAUUUCUAGCAGCACCUCCUCCAGAUUUGCGUCUUAACAGCGUGUAUUCAAUGUCUAGCUUGAAGUUUUCCCAUUUGUAUGGAAUGGAGAAUCGAGUCUGGCAAUCCAAUGCUUACUAUAAAAUAUGUGAAAUUUAGGAAUUUUUAA